AUGUCACCACAGCCCGCUGCACUCCACGCUGUCAGCACCGUACAGGUCUCACAUCACCACAGCCCGCUGCAGUACACGCUGUCAGCACCGUCUGCGUCCGACGUCACCACAGCCCGCUGGACUCUACGCUGUCAGCACCGCACAGGUCUGACUUCACCACAGCCCGCUGCACUCCACGCUCCCGCUGCACUCCGCGCUGUGAGCACCGACCGCGUCCGACGUAACCACAGCCCGCCGCACUACACGCUGUCAGCACCAUCCGUGUCCGACGCCACCACAGCCUGCUACACUCCACGCUGUCAGUGCCGGCUGUGUCCGGCGUCACCUCCGCCUGCUGCUAUCCUCGCUGACUCCACACUGUCAGCACCGCCCUCGUCCGACGUCACCACAGCCCGCUGCACUCCACGCUUGUCAGCGUCGUCCGUGUCCGUCGUCACCACAGCCUGUUGGACUCCACGCUGUCAGCACUGUCCGCGUCCGACGUCACAACAGCACGCUGCACUCCACGCUGUGAGCACCGUCCGCGUCCGACGUCACCACUGCCCGCUGGACUCCACGCUGUCAGCACCGUCCACGUCCGACGUCAACACAGACCGCUGCACUCCACGCUGUCAGGACCGUCCGCGUCCGACGUCACCACAGUCCACUGCACUCCACGCUGUGAGCACCGCCCGCGUCCGACGUCGCCACAGCCUGGUGCACUCCACGCUGUCAGCACCGUCCGUGUCUGACGUCACCACAGCCGGCUCGAUUCCACGCUGUCAGCACCGUCCGUGUCCGACGUCACCACUGAAUGCAGCAGUCCACGCUGUGAGCAUCGUUCAUGUCCGACGUCACCACACCCCGCUGCACCCCAUGCUGUCAGCACCGACCCCGUCCGACAUCACCACAGCCUGCAGCACUCCACGCUGUGAGCACCGUCCGUGUCCGACGUCACCACAGCCCGCUGCACUCCACUCUGUCAUCACCGUCCGCUUCCGACGUCACCACAGCCGCCUGGACUCCACGCUGUCAGCACCGUCCGUGUCCGACGUCACCACAGCCCGCUGGAAUCCACGCUGUCAGCACAGUCCGUGUCCGAUUUCACCACAGCCCGUUGCACUCCACGCUGUCAGUACCGUCCACGUCCGACGUCAACACAGACCGCUGCACCCCACGCUGUCAGGACCGUCCGCGUCCGACGACACCACGGCCAGCAGCACUCCACGCUGUGAGCACCGUCAGUGUCCAACGUCACCACAGCCCGCUGCACCCCACGCUGUCAGCACCGUCCCCUUCCGACGUCACCACAGCCCGCUGGACAACGAUCUGUCACCAACGUCCGCUUCCGACGUCAACACAGCCCACUGGACUCCACGCUAUCAGCACCGUCCACGUCCGACGUCACCACAGACCGCUGCACUCCACGCUGUCAGCGCCGUCCGUAUCCGACGUCACCACAGCCCGCUGGACUCCAGGCUGUCAGCACCGUACGCGUCCAACGUCACAACAGCCCGUUGGACUCCAUGCUGUGAGCACCAUCUGUGUCCGAUGUCACCACAGCCCGCUGCACUCCACGCUGUCAGCACCGUACAGGUCUCACAUCACCACAGCCCACUGCACUACACGCUGUCAGCACCGUCUGCGUCCUACGUCACCACAGCCCGUUGGACUCUACGGUGUCAGCACCGCCCGGGUCUGACUUCACCACAGCCCGCUGCACUCCACGCUGUCAGCACCGUCCGCGUCCGACGUCACCACAGCCCGCUGGACUCCACGCUGUCAGCACCGUCCGCGUCCGAUGUCUUCACAGCCCACAGGACUCCACACUGUCAGCACCGUCCGCGUCCGAUGUCACCACAGCCAGCUGCACUCCAUGCUGCCAUCACCGUCCGCAUCCAACUUCACCACAGCUCGCUGCACUCCACGCUCCCGCUGCACUCCACGCCGUCAGCACCGUCCGCGUCUGACGUCACCACUGCCUGUUGCAGUCCACACUGUGAGCAUCGUCCAUGUCCGACGUCAACACAGACCGCUGCACUCCACGCUGUCAGCACCGUCCGCGUCCGACGUCACCACAGCAAGAAGCACUCCACGCUGUGUUCAUCGUCCGUGACCGACGUCACCACAGCCCACUGCACUCCACACUGUGUGCACCGUUCGCGUCCGACGUCACCACAGCCCGCUGCACUCCACGCUGUUAGCACUGUUCGCGUCCGACAGCACCACAGCCUGCUGGACUCGACACUGUCAGCACCGUCCGCGUCCGACGUCACCACACCCCGCUGCACUCCACGCUGUCAGCGCCGUACCUCUUUGACGUCACCACAGCCUGCUGCACUCAACGCUGUGUGCACCGUCCGCGUCCGACGACACCACAACCCGCUGCACCCAAUGCUGUCAGCACCGUCCGCGUCCGACGUCACCACAGCCCGCUGGACUCCAUGCUGUCAGCACCGUCCGUGUCCGACGUCACCGCAGCUUGCUGGACUCCACCCUGUCAGUGCCGCCUGUGUCCGACGUCACCAUAGCCCGCUGCACUCCACGCUGUGA